AUGCUGGCCUCUGAGCGCAGGAAUGGGGCAGCAAAGCCUUGGCGUACAGCAAGAACUCUCUCCCUGCUAGUAGCAAUAGCCUCCCUUCUCCUUGAUGUGUGUGGGUCCAAAAGUAGUUCCACUCCCUGGACGCAGGAAAAGAAUCAACACCAACUGGCUAUUUUGAAUUCAACUGAUAUCCAGAAAAUUGCUGAAGGCACAAAUAUUUCUGAAAUGUGGCAAAAUGACUUAAAACCACUACUUAUCGAAAGAUAUCCAGGAUCUCCAGGAAGUUAUGCUGUUCGCCAGCACAUCAUGCAGAGAAUUCACAGACUCCAAGCCAACUGGAACUUAGAAGUGGAUACUUUCUUGAGUUACACACCCUAUGGAUACCGGACUUUUUCAAAUAUCAUCAGCACCCUCAAUCCCACUGCCAAACGCCACCUGGUACUUGCUUGCCACUAUGACUCUAAGUACUUUCCACAGCUGGGCAGCGGAAUAUUUGUGGGAGCCACAGAUUCAGCGGUACCCUGUGCAAUGUUGCUGGAGGUAGCCCGAGCUUUAGAUAAUCAACUCCUUUCCCUGAAGAACUCUUUAGACUCCAGAUCAGAUCUAUCUCUCCAGCUUAUUUUCUUUGAUGGGGAAGAAGCUUUUCUUCACUGGUCUCCUCAGGAUUCCCUCUACGGUUCUCGGCACUUAGCAGCAAAAAUGGAAUAUACUCCCCAUCCUCCUGGAGCAACAGAUACAAACCAGCUGCAUGGCAUUGAUUUGCUUAUAUUACUGGAUUUAAUAGGUGCUCCAAACCCAACCUUUCCUAGUUAUAGUCAAAAUCCUCCUAGAUGGUUUAAAAGACUUCAAGCAAUUGAAAAAACGCUACAUCAACUGGGUUUACUUCAGGAUCAUUCUUUGGAAAGACCAUAUUUCGAGAGUUAUAUGAGCCGAGAACAAAUCCAGGAUGACCAUAUUCCAUUUUUAAGAAGAGGUGUUCCAACCCUACAUUUGAUACCUUUCCCUUUCCCUGAUGUCUGGCACACCAUGGAUGACAAUGAAGAAAAUCUGGAUAAACCAACUAUUAACAAUCUCAACAAAAUCAUCCAAGUCUUUGUGUCAGAGUAUCUUCAUUUGUAAUGUUGUGCAAAUAUUAGGGGGGAUGGGGAUUAAUUACUUUGAAGGUGGUGUCAGACAUUUAUGUUCACUUUUAAGUUCUUACCUGAAGCAAGUUUUGUAUGGGCAAUUCUUAGAGAAACUUUUUCUAUAAAUGAUCUUGAAUGUGUAGUCCUUAAACCGUAGAAAGCUUCUGAAAAGUUCCUAAAAGAACCUUAUUCUUUUAUUUCCUCUUAGAGGCAAAAGCAUAAAACAUCCAAGGGAAGAUACCAAACAACUGCACCAAAUUAGGUGCCACACAUUUAGUUCCAAGGUCUAACAAAAACUUAAUGGUGAUGGGUAUGUGCAAUUUGUAGUAUUAGUUUUGUGAUUUUCCACACAUUGAAACUUACUUCCUUUAAGACAAAGUAGAGA